AUGCCGAACCAACGCCCCAAGGCAGCUUUUGAGCCUCUUCCGCCUGACUUAGACGUGUCUGCUCUGGUUAGAUCAACACCGAGCUUUGAGUGGGCGCCUAAGUUCCAUUGUAACGCCAUCGACGCAAAGGGCCUGGAGAGCUUUGAGAAACUAGUGCAGCUCCACGUUGUCUUGGGCGGCAUGCCCCUGGUUGUGGGAGGGUUCAAUGAACGACUGGACAACUCCCUAUUCUCCGAAAAGUGGCUGAGAGGGGAAUAUGCAACGAAAUCGGAGACUGCGCGGAAUUUGACGACCAAGACCAAUCUUCCACUCACAAUUGGCCAUUAUCUCAAGAAUCUGCCCCUUCUUACGAACCAGUGGAAUGCAUACAACUACAAAGAACCCAAUCGACAGCGCAUAUAUCUCAAGGACAUUGAUUGUCCACAGCAAUGGCAUGACCACCUAAAGUCAGUCCUACCACCAUUUCUCUUCUACCUAAACAAGCCGGAUGCCUCCGAGGCAUGUUCAAACCAAGAAGAGGUGAUUCCAAGAGUCGGAGAUCUAAUGAGCUGCCUUCCGUCGAGUAUGCGCGCGGAGAAUUUGAUGUGCUACAUAGGUCACGAGGGAACAUAUACACCAGCCCAUCAGGAAAUGUGUGCGAGUCUCGGGCAAAAUAUCAUGAUCGAAGCAUCGGACGGCUCGACGGAAUACGGGAAGGUCACCAAACCUGGUUCCUCGAUAUGGUUUAUGACUGAGAGCAAGGACCGUCACGUUGUCUCAGAAUACUGGAUGUCUGCGUUGGGGCACGAUAUUGAUGUUGAGGAUCAUUUUGCCCAAAUUAAUGCUUGGAAGGGGGCGCCCUUCAAGACCUACGUUGUCGAACAGAAACCCGGCGAUUUCAUCCUUGUUCCCCCAAUGGCGGCGCAUCAGGUUUGGAACCGUGGGACAAGGACCAUGAAGAUAGCGUGGAAUCGUACGACCGCGGAUACCCUGAAAUUGGCCCUUGAUGAAGCGCUACCGCAUGCAAGAAUGGUUUGCCGAGACGAACAAUACAAGAACAAGGCCAUUGUGUUUUAUGCACUAGGUCAUUAUUCUAGUCUUCUUGCCGAAGGCCAUGCGACCCACACACGAGCCACGCAAAAGCUGCAGGAAGACUUCGCAAAACUCUUCUACUUGUAUACCGAAAUACUGCUGUCGGAAAGCUUUCAGAAUGAUACGCCAGACGAGAAGGAGACCGAGUAUAUUCCCUUUGACGGCAGUUUCUCACUUGCCCGUGGUGCGUCGGUGACGGGGACGAUACGUAUGAUAUUUGCAUGGAGUGCUACAUCAUGGGCAGGAGCUGUAGGUGCCGGUCUAGGCUGA